UGUCCACUCCUCCCAUCCUCCGCCGGCGCACCCUCUCCCCGACCUCCUGGCCUUUCUGCCCUCCUCCGGCUCUUUUUCCUCUCCUCCCCCACGCCGCCGCACCUUUCGCCCUCUCCAGCCAUGGCCCGGUAUUCGGACCUCAAAUUGCUCCUGGGCGGGCCCUAUGAGGACAUCCUGGCCCAGAUGUUCAAGCAGGUGUUCAUCCACUCGCGCGAGUCGACCGACAUCUCGACGGUCUUUCCCAGCGGUUUCCUUAAGCGUGUUGCCGAGCAGUUCCAAAUUUCCCCUCAGGAUGCAUCCAACCUCCUCGACACCAUCGCCGACUUGAUCGAUGACGUCCUCUUUGUCCAGUGCGGCCCGGCCGAGAUCGUCGCUAUGUUGCCUGGGUCGCUGCCGGUGGAACUGCGCCAGUUUGUCGCGGCCGCCAUCAGCCACAGCAUCCCCGAGUGGAAGGACAUCCUGGCCGGCCAGGAGAUCACCCACCCCCGGCUGGUGGCCAGCUCCAUGAAGGUCCAUGUGAAGACGGCCUCCAGCGUGGCGGCGUCCCUCUCGGAGCCGGUGGUCAUCGCCCAGCUGGAUAUCCAGCCGACCCCGGAGUCGGAUCUGGCCCUGGAUGUGCCCGUGCGCAAGGUUGUCUUUGAGAUGGACAAGGACACGCUCGGGUCGCUACUGGAUGGCUUUGGCCGCCUGCGGGAACAGCUGUCGGCCUUCUCCUCAGGCGCCGCACAGUGAACGAGGUGCCAGGGGGGCGGGACGGAGAGUCCCGGCUGUGCGGCAUGCCUGCUGCGGGCACGCCCGCACACACGAACGCACAUGGGAACCCCCCCCCCCCCCCCCCCCCCGAACCCCCCC